AACGCGCGCGCGAUCGAGCCCGCGACAGCAGAGAGAAGAAUGGUAGUCGUGUGGGUCGAGGACCGAUCGUAUCUGCAGUAGUUGCAACUGUUCAAGGAAUCGACUAAGAAAACAUGGCUGCAGGUUGUUGUGGAACGAAAAAGCAGAAGCUAAACAAUUCAUCGAGUGUUCCUUGCAAUGGUUUGGUGUUACAAAAUGGCACGCAAAUAAGAAACAGUGUAAUAGUGAAGCCUGAGAUGGGCUUCUUUUGUUUCGAUGUUCUUUAUUGCCAAUUGCAUCAACUCGACCCUCCAAAAUCGCCCAACUUCAGUAACGAAGCAUUCCCAUUAUUUGUAACAUGGACUAUUGGGAAAGAUAUGAGGUUAAGAGGCUGCAUCGGUACAUUUAAUGCAAUGCAGUUACAUGCUGGACUUAGAGAAUAUGCAACAACCAGUGCAUUUAAAGAUUCACGUUUUAAUCCCAUCACAAGGGAUGAACUACCACGUUUGCAUGUAAGUGUUUCAAUUCUAAGACAUUUUGAAGAUGGUGUUGAUUAUUUAGAUUGGGAAGUAGGUGUUCAUGGGAUUCGUAUAGAAUUCCAUAAUGAGAAGGGUAAUAAAAGAACUGCUACCUAUUUACCUGAUGUUGCAACAGAACAAGGAUGGGACCAGAUACAAACAAUAGAUUCACUAUUGCAUAAAGGUGGUUAUAAAGGACUAGUCACUCCAGAUAUUAGACGUAGUGUCAAGCUAACACGAUAUCAGAGUGAAAAAGUUACUCUGGCUUGGGGUCCUAGUCAAGGACCCCAAUUGCCACAAAAUUCUGUUGCAAUUCAUUAUAAUGCUAAUACAUCUCAUACUUCCCACGUACUAUACAAUAGUACUCAAUACAAUUCUUAUAUAGCCAGUCAGGAACAUGGAUUUGUAAUGGCGCAACGUAAUCACCCUGCAUUUAUUCAUCCUCUUCCAAUACCCCCUAUUUCUCCAGUUAUGUUACCUAUAUGGGAUUACUCAUCAUUUUGGUGGGAUCAAACAAAUUCAUCUUAUCCUCCACCACAUUCUCAUUUUCAUCCUCCUCCUCGUGUUCAUCGUUUUUCAUCACAAGAAUCUGCUGAUCGCGGAAUUCGUAAACGAAAAUGACAUUGGAGGCGACUAUUGUUUGCAAUGUUUCAUUGUUUAAAAUGGUGCCUACUAUACUUUGUAUGUUUCUGCAUACACAGUUUUCCCUUUAUGAUACCACAUAGUCCUCCUUGAGGAUGAUAGCAUUUUGUGUAUGAUGGCACUGUCUUAUUUCUUACAUAUUACAGUUAAUAUUAUUUACUUAAUAAUUGGUAUAAUCGUAAAAUAUAUAUGCAUAUUGGAAGGUGCAUUAACUUUUAACUUCAAUAUUUAUAAUUAUUGAUAAAACUAUGUUAGAUAUUUGGAUUUUAAAAUCUGUACUAUAAUAUAAAUGCCUAUUCUCAUGUGCUUUAAUACGUUCAUAAAUUAAGUAACAUGAUUCAGUCCAUAGAAUAAAUAUUUUAAAAUCAACAAAUAGAGAUUAUAUAUAAUGUGCAAUUACUUCUGCCAUCAUACUUAUUGAGUGUCCAUUUGUAUUUAUGUCUGCAGUAUACGAGUGACAUGAACAACUUUAUAGCACAGUGAUGCUGCCUGCGAUUCACUGCCUGCUUCACAAGGUUUAAUGUACAAAUUCACGCGAAAAUGUUUCUAUUAUUCGUAUAUUAUAAAAUAUAUAGAGUAUCAUUUUUAGAUAAAGACAUAAGUGAAGAGUGAAAAACAUUAGAUUUUCUAUUGAUAAUAUUUCUUCUAAUGAUGUUCUAUUGAUUCAUAUAUUGUAUAUGGUUAUUAUUUUCUGCAUAACUUUUGUAUUAUUAUUUAUCAAAAGUUAUAAGAAAUUUGUAUAGAAGAUUCAUCUAAUAUGAAUUAGAUAAUUGAUUAAAACUAUAUAUUAUAUUCUUCUAAAUUACUCGCAAAGGAAGAUAGAAACUUUCUUAUUGUUGUGUUUUUCUCGUGGUUAAUUCAUAAAUAAUAUAUGUGUAAGUACUAAUUUUUAGCUUAAUUUAAAUUUCAUUGUACUGAUGAUAUAAAUAUACAAAUUUUGUUCUGUUACGUGCAAAUGUUUAUUUAAAUUGGUAUAUUAAAAUUUUCCAAAUGAUUUUGAUAAUAUCCUAUUUCAACUUUUUAUACCAUUUGUACAAUGAAAUUUAAUAAUUGUAGUUAUAUUAUAGUCCAGAGUUUUAUUACAGCAAAGGAUAA